AUGGCGACAAGCACCAUCACCACCACCACUUUGCCCGUGUCGACCAAGACCGAGGCGAAAACCCUCGCAGACGAGUCGCUGGAAGGUGUAGCCCAAGCACUCUGGGAAGUCAAUCAUCAGAUCUGGUCCAACCCGGAAUUGGGUUACCAAGAGCACAUUGCCCACGACACCAUCUGCGACUUCCUCGAGAAGCAAGGCUUCAGCGUGACUCGGCACGCGUACGGCAUCCCGACGGCCUUUGAGGCCCAGAGUGGGCACGGCGGCCGCCUUGUAUGCUUCAACGCCGAAUAUGACGCCCUUCCCAACAUCGGCCAUGCCUGCGGACACAACCUGAUUGCCACCGCGGGUGUGGCUGGCUUCCUAGCAUUAUCGCACAUCUUGAGAGCACGGAAUAAUGGUCCCGGCAGAACGCGAUUGUUGGGGACGCCAGCCGAGGAAGGCGGUGGUGGGAAGAUCAAGCUUCUGCAAGCAGGAGCGUACGAGGGUGUAGAUGUCACAUUGAUGGCGCAUGGAGGGACCAACAAUCUACGCAACUUUGGUCCGCAACAUAAGGGCAUCGGCGGUGUGCGUACGGUGGCCCGGGAGCAGUUCUUUUGCGAAUUCACAGGCAAGAAUGCCCACGCCGGCGCGAACCCGUGGGACGGCACCAAUGCGCUCGACGCCUUUGUAGCGGCGUACAACAACGUCUCGCUGCUUCGACAGCAGAUCCACGACACCGACCGGAUCCAUGCUGCAAUCACCGAGUCUCCCAAAGCCCCCAAUAUCAUAGCAGCCACGACAAAAGCCACCUUUGCGACGAGGAGCGAGACUCUUCAAGGUCUCAAGGUCCUGUCGGACAAGGUCACCGCCUGCAUCAAGGCGGGCGCCUUAGCCACGGGUUGUGAAGUCUCCGUCGAAAAUGAGGAAUCAUACGCAGACAUUGUUAUCAACGACGCUCUGUGCCGUCGCUGGCAGGCAAGGAUGGCAGAGUAUGGACAAGACGUUCUCGUCAGCGUUGCAGAGCCGCUGUCCGCCUCCUCGGAUUUUGGAAACGUCAGCUACGCCAUGCCAGCAAUGCACGCCAUUUUCACAAUCCCGGCCCCGGAAGGCGCUUCACCACAUCAUCCCACAUUCACGAGCGCCGCGGGCACAAAAGAGGCGCAUGAGAUCACGGUGGUGGUCGGGAAGGCCCUUGCACUCGUGGGGUGGGAUGUUUUGACCGACAAUGAGCUUCUUGCUGCGUCCAGGUCGGAAUGGUGUGAGAAGAUGGCUGCAUCAGGUGUUGAUACCUAG